GUAUCAGAAAUUGCAGCCUUAACGACGCAGUGUUUGCGCCUAUUUUGCACGUUUUUCUGCAGCGAGUCUUGCCCGCCUGAGAUCCGGGAAAAGAGGAUUGCCUUCCUCCUCCACCGAGGCCACGGUCGCUUUCGCUCCAGGUCUCUGGGCUGCGCGGCGGCUCCGCUUAGGCGAGGGCGACCCGGUCUGCAGCCGAGACUCCGCGCAAGGGAGAUUUCUUUUUCUUUUUUUUUUUUAGAGCUAAAUAGAUAAAUAACUAAGGCACGCCACGUCCUCCGAGGACAGUCAGUCAGGCGGAGGCGGGCUCCGGAACCUUGUUAAUAAAUGACUCCCCUAGGCCCAAAGAACCCGGGCCUCGGUUCUAGGAGGAACGCGGAGCGGGCCGCGGGCGGAAGCGGGAGGCCACCGCGCGCCCCGCAGGGUUUGCGCUGGGCAUCUCCCAGGCGACGGGCUCCGCACCAAGAUGGCGGACGAGAAGGAGCGGGAAGCCUCAGAGAGGUUGGGACCAUCAUCAGGUCAUUAGGAUGCAGCCCUACUGAAGGAGAGCUGCAUGAUUUUAUUGCAGAGAUAGAGGAAGAAGAACCCACUGGAUACAUUCGAUUUGAAAAAUUUCUUCCAGUAAUGACCAAAACGCUUCUGGAAAGAAAAUACAGACCCAUUUCUGAAGAUAUCCUUUUACGAGCUUUUGAGGUUUUGGAUACAGCUAAACGUGGGUUUCUGACUAAGGAUGAACUCAUCAAGUACAUGACUGAGGAAGGUCAGAGGGCUCGAUUUCUUGUGAACCUUUUUCUCAAGAGGAAAUGGAAGAAAUGUUGUCUGCUGCAAUUGAUCCUGAAUCAAAUUCCCUUAAUUACAGGGAGUAUGUAGCAAUGAUGGUGAUAGAUGAAAAUUAAAUGCUCCAAAGAUUUCUUUUUUCAUCUUUUAAGAUAACUGUAAAGACUCAGUUUCUAAUUGAAAGGAUACUCUGAAAAAUUGCUUGUCCUAAUUAAUUUCGUAUUUUCUCUUAUAAUUUCUAUAUUUAGUGCCUAAUGACAUAAUGGUUUCAAGAUAUUUUGUUUUCUAGAGAUGAUCAAUUUAAAAGAUAAAUUUAUUUAGUAUGUCCGGAUUUAUGGAAGGAAAAGCUGAUGAUUUAAAAGAAAUUGAACAAUAUUGUAACAUUAAA